AGCGAACGUAGAGCUGAUCGCGCUUUAGUGCCACCGCGCAGACACAAGAACCUGUUCAGUUACCUGGUUUUACCUGGUGGGUCUAGCAACGUAGUGGUUGACAGGCAUUUUGCCGACGUUGCUAAACGCCUCCAGUGUGACAUAAGUUACGUGAUGACGUUGUUUGUUUAGACGUUGAGAGUUCCACAGGCUAGCGGAGCCACGGCGAGCCGGACCGGACCGGACCGGGAUUUUUAUCUUCUGUUGAACCGGUGAACAGCCAUGGCUCUGAGGAGCACCGUCUGUCGUCUCCUGAGGAAUCUGGACAGGAGCGCCUGGAAGACGACCUGCAGAGCACAGAGAACAGCAGCACCGGCGGCCCAACACGACUCUGAGAAGGUUCAGCCCAACCCUAAAUCCCCAAAAGUCCAGUUUGACUGGCGUGAUGCUCUGGACCUGGAAGGCCAGCUGACGGAGGAAGAGGUCAUGAUCCGAGAUUCCUUUCGAACCUACUGCCAGGAGAAGCUCAUGCCUCGGAUCCUGAUGGCAAACAGGAAUGAGGUUUUCCACAGAGACAUAGUGUCCGAGAUGGGAGCCCUUGGAAUUCUGGGUCCAACUAUUAAAGGUUACGGCUGUGCUGGGACGAGCUACGUGGCAUACGGUCUGAUCGCCAGAGAGGUGGAGAGAGUAGACAGCGGUUAUCGCUCGGUCAUGAGCGUGCAGUCAUCGCUGGUCAUGCACCCGAUCAACGCCUACGGCUCAGAGGAGCAGAAACAGAAGUACCUCCCUAAGCUGGCUCGUGGAGAGAUCCUGGGCUGCUUUGGCCUGACGGAACCAAAUCACGGCAGUGAUCCCAGCAGCAUGGAGACGAGAGCCCGGUUCAACCCGUCCAGUCGGACCUACAGCAUCACCGGCUCCAAGACCUGGAUCACCAACUCUCCCGUGGCCGACAUGGCUGUGGUGUGGGCCAGGUGUGAUGAUGGGAAGAUUCGAGGCUUCAUCCUGGAGCGGGGCAUGAAGGGUCUCUCCACUCCCAAGAUUGAGGGGAAGUUCUCCCUGAGGGCCUCGGCCACCGGGAUGAUCCUGAUGGAUGAUGUGGAGGUUCCUGAGGAGAACCUGCUCCCUAAAGCCAUCGGCCUGGGGGGCCCCUUCGGCUGCCUGAACAACGCCCGCUACGGGAUCGCUUGGGGCGCCCUGGGUGCUGCAGAGUUCUGCUUCCACGCUGCCCGUCAGUACACACUCGACAGGAUCCAGUUUGGAGUUCCUCUCGCCAGGAAUCAGCUGAUGCAGAAGAAGAUGGCCGACAUGCUGACAGAGAUUUCCAUCGGCCUUCAGUCAUGUUUGCAGCUCGGCAGGCUGAUAGAUGAGAAGAAAGCCGCUCCAGAGAUGAUCUCCAUGCUGAAGAGGAACAGCUGUGGGAAAGCCCUGGACAUCGCCCGGCAGGCCAGGGACAUGCUGGGAGGAAACGGCAUCGCAGAUGAGUACCAUGUCAUCCGCCACGUCAUGAAUCUGGAGGCCGUCAACACCUACGAAGGAACUCACGACAUCCAUGCUCUGAUCCUGGGCAGAGCCAUCACAGGGCUGCAGGCCUUCACUGUCCACAAAUAGGUCCCUGUGUGUGUGUGUGUGUGUGCGCGUGUGUGAUAAUCAGCUUUAGAGUUUAUGAGGAAUGUUGGAAUUUGAAAUGAAAGAAAAAUAAAUCUGGGAAAUGUUCCAAA